AUGCCACACUCUUACGGUAAGAGAGCCCGAACUCGUCAUAAGUUCUCCAAACCCUUCCGUCGUCAUGGUAUGCCACCAUUAUCGAAGUACCUGACAACAUAUAAAGUCGGAGACUAUGUCGAUAUUUUCGUGGAUUCAGCAGUCCAUAGAGGAAUGCCGCACUCCUUCUACCACGGAAGGACAGGAGUUGUUUAUAAUGUAACAAAAAGAGCACUGGGAGUCAUGGUAAAGAAGGUAGUUAGAGGAAAGGAGCUCUUGAAGAAGGUUAAUGUUAACGUCGAACAUGUAAGAAAGAGCCGUUGCAGAGAAGAGUUCCUCAAAAGAGUAGCAAUGAAUGACGAACUGAGAAGAAAAUCAAAUCUUGAAGGAAAGAAACUGAAACUUAAAAGACAACCGAAAGCAGUUUCACCUGGAUAUUUCGUCAAGGUCGACAAGGAUUCCGUUGUAACUUUAGAUCCAGUACCUUUUGUAGAAAAGUACUAA